CGAAGAACGGUGCACAAGAUCAGAAACAGGCGAUAGGACAUCGGGGUUUCCUUCCGCCUGGAAUGGACGUGAGGGAUGCUUUGUCAAGAUGCGAGGAUCCGACAUUAGGAUGGAGUUUGCAAUUUUGGGUCACCAUCGCAGAUCCAUUAACACAUCACGUCUUCUUCGCCUGUCCCGCUUCUGGACAAUGCAGUUGGGACCCUCCAGUCGGAGCGUUUGUCGUACCUCGUUCCCCGGAUGGAGAAUGGUGGGAGUUGGCAGACACCACUAGGAAGAACAGAAGUUAUUACUACAACACUUUGACGAGUAAAACCCAGUGGACCAGACCGGGCGGUGACGCAUUUGUGAUUCCCCUCGGCCUCAUUCAAAAAAACGCUCUUCCACCUCGACCAGAUGGUUCGGACGUGAUCACACCCAGCAAAAGACAAUCUCGCCUUACACCUCGGAAAGAUCGAGCAUCGGUUGUGUCACCUCUCCGAAUGCCAUCGACCCAUGUAAUAUCUCAACUAUCAGCUUCAGCCUCUAUCCACUCUCAGGAUACCAUUCAGAGCGCUCUGGGCGAUAUGCCCAGCGCUACACAUUUCCCUGAACCUCAACCCUACUCCUCGCCAGCUCGCGGGCCACGGGCGAAAGUUGCGAGUAGCACUGGAGCCUUAUCCCCGCCUCAGAACGGCUUUCCGCCACGUUCACCGCUGGUCACCGUCGAUGAAGGAUCGGGGACCGAGACGGACAGGAGUGACGGUAGUGGAUGGUGGGGAAGGAGGAAGUCGAAUGCUUUGACGGGCAUCUUGGGCAGUCCAUUGAAAGGGAGGACGAAGAAGGAUUUGGCCAUAAUACCAUUGUCUGAUUCCGAAGACGCAAGUCAGGGUCGAUCACCUCCACCUGAAGUCUCUCCACCCAUCCCGAUCAAAGACAGUCAGUCGAAAAGUCUACCCAACAUCGGAGCCGCCGAGCCAAUCUUCGUAGAAUCCCGAGUCAGAACAAAACGUCUUUCUACGGGAUGGCACCCCCUCCUCCCUGCAGAUAUAUCCAAGGCCAUUCAAAGUUUCCAAGGAACCAACUCCGCUCACAAAUACUUUGCUACCCAGCGUUCUGGUGUGUUGAGACAGAAAGUUCCAUUGGAACGUAUUAUGGAAUGGCAAAAAUCUCCAAUUUCCUCCCCUCUUCUGGUGCUUUCCCGUGCAAGGCACAAAGACGCCUUGAACACCUUCAAAGUCAUCCAACAUGUCAUGGGAGAACGAGACCGACAUGUCGAAGGUGCCAAGGUCGUACAUGCUAGUUCUAGCUCCAGAAAUCUUGCUCAAAUCGCUUUAGGCCGAAAUAAGAACGUACCUGGAGGGAUCGAUGGAGGUGCUGGGCGAGGCAAAGGAGCGGAGAGCGGGAAUGAAGAUAUGAAUGAGAAAAUGGUGGUCCUGCAAGAAAUCAGAUGGUUGAUUCAGCUGGCAGUGAGUAAUGGGGAAAUGAGGGACGAAGUGUAUUGUCAGUUGGUCAAGCAAUUGACAAAGAAUCCUGAUCGUGAUUCGGUCGUGUUAGGAUUUCAGCUGUUUUGCGUUCUGGUCAAUGCCUUCGGACCAAGUCAGAACUUCGAAUCUUUUGUUCAAAACUUUCUCAAGUCCCAUGUCGGUCAAGAAGAGAAUGGCGUUGGGGUCAUGGCAGAUUACUGUUUGAGUAAACUACAAGUCAUGGCCACUCAAGGAGGUAGAGGGAGAGUUCUGACAGUCGGCGAGAUUGAACAUGCUUCUGAUGGGGCAUUUUAUCCUUCUGUCUAUGGGGAAUCCUUGGACAGGAUCAUGGAUCUGCAGGAACGGUCAUAUCCAGAUGCUAUGGUUCCGGUCAUUUUACCUUUCCUCGCUGAGAGGAUCGUUUCGCUGGGAGGAAUGGAAUGUGAAGGUAUAUUUCGGAUUCCUGGAGAUGGGGAUUCGGUUUCGGAGCUGAGAAGUCGGAUGGACAGGGGGCAUUAUCAGUUGCAAGGUAUUGACGAUCCUCACGUCGCUGCCUCCCUGUACAAACUGUGGCUACGGGAACUAGAAGAACCCGUCGUACCUACGAACAUGUACAACGACGCUCUCUCUUCCUCUCGUACGCCAUCUCAGGCCAUCGCUUUCGUCUCGACCUUACCUACGAAUCACAAAAGGGUCUUAAUCUUCGUCAUCAGCUUCGCCCAAGUUUUUCUUCGUCCCGAAGUGGUCGAACGGACUAAGAUGAAUGCUGGCAACUUGGCUCGAGUACUCGCACCUAACAUUCUACGUACAACCUCAAGCGAUCUCACGACAGUCUACACCAAUGCCACCUUCGAAGCCAAGUUCAUACUUCAUCUUUUGGAACAUCUCAAUUGUCGAUCUGUAGAUUCAGAAUAUAAAGGAUAUGUCCUUUCCAAAGACGAACCAUGAGCUGGAUUCUUGAUUCGUAUGGGAAAACGGGGAAUGUGAUCUCAGAAACAAAUCUAUUCAUCUUGCAUUCGAUCCGU